GGCCAACAAGGCGUAAACAGCGGCUCAGAGCAACUUACGAAGGUGAACUAUGUCUGCCAAUCUUGGACUGUACUCAGUAAAGGCGCUUCUCAUACUCGAUAAUGAAGGUGAAAGGCUGUACACGAAUUACUACACGCCACCAAAGGAGCAGAAGGGAGAUGAAGAGAACGAUGGGCCAUUGUCGACGCUGAAGAAACAGCAGGCCUUUGAGAAGGCGCUGUUUGCGAAGACGUUCAAGCAGCAUGGGGAUAUCAUUCUCUUUGAGAGCCACAUUGUGGUGUAUAAGGAGGUUGCGGAUAUUGUGAUAUACGUUGUUGGAGGGUUGAGUGAGAACGAGGUUGCGCUGUCUUCUGUAGUUGAUGGGUUCAAAGAGGCAUUGGAUAAGAUCCUCAACUACCAAGUGGAUAAGAAGGCCGUACAGGAGAACUACGACAAGGUCUGUAUCGCGGUUGAUGAGACUGUGGAUGAUGGGAUCAUCUUGGAGACCGAGCCUUCGAUCAUCGCAGCCAGGGUGUCAAACACUCCAAAGAAUGAACCUUCUCUGAAGAACAUUGAUCUCAGUGAAAAGGGAUUCAUGAACGCGUUCCAAUUCGCAAAGGGCAAACUCGCUGAAAGACUACAACAGGGAUUGUAAUCUGUAAUGUAUGGAAUGACGUAUAUAACUGUAUAAAGAACAGCAGAAGAGAGCUCACAAUCAUUUCUUACCUUUCUUUUUAGCUCCGCCUCUACCUGACCCUCCUUUUGGUGCUGAUGAUUUGCCUGGAAGCAUGAUCUUUAGCUUGCCAACGUAUAUCGAAGGUAAUAAGUCGGUAUCUUUCAAGCCUUUCAAGGUUUCAUGUUCUCGAGGCCAAUCGUAAUUACGAUCACGCUCGCUGUCAUCGACUGGCCUUGUCAAGAGAUAAUGCAAUGUCUCUUGAAGAGCUUUACCUUUCUUUGUAGAAC